AUGGAUAAUAACAUUACCAAUACAAAUAAUAAACUGAUAGAACUUUGCUCCUUCGAGCGAGAAGAAGGAACACAGCACGAACAAGAAGAUACUUACUAUGAGGAAUACAUGUCAGACUUUCUUGAUAGUCGUCGAGAGUCACUGGCUGACUCUUCGAGUAACAUGACCAAUGACAGUUUAGUAAUGGACUCGAUAGAGAACUCACAUAAAGCACCGUUAUUGCCGCCAACGGUAGUACCUUCUUUACAGCUUCCACAGGCGCUUCAUUCUCGACCUGCGCCAAUAGUAGCUUCGACGGGGGGAGUUGACGAAAACUUUAAUAGCAAUAAUGUAGUGAUAAACAAUAAUAGUGGAAUUCGUCAUAGUGGUAAUGGUGGAGCUGAUAUUCUGAAAAAUAUGAAGGCAUAUGUAUUUCCACCUACGAGCAAUCAAACACAACCGAGACAACGACGAAAUACCACUGUCAAUUCUACAAGUAGCCAUAAUUAUAAUGCAAUAUCAACUGCUACUCCAUCUCAUAAUAGUACUCAUUCUUCCAUUACUCUAAAAAACAAUAAUUCCUUCUCUUCAAAAGAUUCCGAUCACCUUCCACCACAAAAGGAUCAAAUCGAUGCACCACGUAAAACUAGCAUAUAUACACCUGUUCAUCAUGCAAACAUAGGUCAAACUACCACCUCAAUUCUUCAUAUAUUCCGAUUCGCCACAUUAUUCGACUAUGUGCUAAUUAUGUUCGCCACGUUUUUCAGCUUUUGCAACGGGGCAAUAACUCCGUUAAUGACUCAGUUAUUAGGCGAUUUAUUUAAUAUUUUCACCGAACAAUCAACGGGUAUUAUCACCCGAAGAACAUUCGAGAAAAAGAUUAAUGAAGCGGUGUUGAAAUUUAUACUGUUAGGCAUCGCGACUUUUAUUUUGUCUGCUUUGAUGACGUCGAUGUGGAUGUGGACUGGGGAACGUCAAACAAGGCGCAUGCGUGAAAUUUAUUUUCAGUCGUUGUUGAGAAUGGAUUUGGGAUAUUUUGAACGAGAAGAGAUUACUUCUGGAGGAUUGUUGACCGGUCUUAAUAAAGAUACAGACGAUAUUCAAAACGCAAUAUCUGAAAAUCUUGGACUUGCUAUUCAAUAUCUUACGACUUUCAUGGGAUGCAUGGUGUUGGCGUUUUAUAAGAAUUACCUGCUUACUUUAGUAAUCAUCACCGCCGUUCCAUUCUUAUUAUUCUCAUUAAACUACACAUCGCGAAAAGCCGCGCCAUUAAUCAAAGAAGAACGUGAAAUUUUUUUAAAAGCCGGAAAUAUUCUCGAGUAUUCUUUAUCAGCUAUUAAAACAGUUAAAUCAUUUAACGGAGAGGAAAAAGAAGAAAAAAGACAUUUUGAAUGUUUGAAAGAAGCAAAUACCGUCUCCGCAAAUCUCGCAUGGAUUUUUGCUCUACGAACGGGAAUUAUGCAGUUUCUUUUGUUAUCGUUGUUUGUACAAGGGUUCUGGUAUGGCGCGAAUUUAGUGGCUAAUAAAAAGUUGACACCAGGAGAUGUGCUGAGUGUAUUCUACGCGUGUCUCUUGGGAGCUAGCGCGUUGAAGAGCACCUUGCCCUUGUUGAAUUUUAUGGCUAGAGCGAAAAAUGCAGUACAUAAAAUUAAUGAACUUUUAACCAAGGUCGCGAUAUUGGAUAUAGAAGCUUUACGCGGGUUUAAAAUGCCAAAAUGUGAAGGAAAUAUCAAAUUCGAACAAGUUAGCUUCGCGUAUCCUAGUAGGCCGGACACAUACGUGCUGCAAAAUGUCAAUAUAAAUAUUCCAGCGGGACAGACAACAGUAAUAAUUGGUCAAAGUGGUUCAGGGAAAUCCACGAUAGCUCAACUUAUUCAAAAGUUAUAUGAGGUUAAAGAUGGUGUAGUGAAAUUGGAUAAUCGUGAAAUUCGUAUAUUGAACACUCAAUGGUUACGUCAACAGAUUGGAGUUGUAAGUCAGGAACCAAUAUUAUUUGAUGGCACUAUAUUUCAAAAUGUUGCCUAUGGCAAACCAGAUUUUAUGAAAGUAACACUCGAACAAGUGAUUGAAGCAUGCAAAAUUGCAUGCAUACAUGAUGAUAUUGAAAAACUCGCUGAUGGAUAUCAUACUAAGUUAGGUGAUAAAGGACAAAGUUUAUCUGGUGGACAACGGCAACGAAUAGCGAUUGCAAGAGCAUUAAUUAAAGAUCCUGCGAUUCUCAUACUUGAUGAAGCGUCAAGUGCAUUGGAUUUAACAUCUGAUCGUGAAGUGCAAAAAGCAUUAGACAAUUGUCGUCACGGUAGAACAACGUUAGUCAUUACACAUCAUUUAACCCAUAUCAAAGAUACAGAUCUUUUAUAUAUACUGGAUAAAGGUGUAUUGGUGGAAAGUGGCUUGAAAAAAGAUUUAAUAAAGAAUGAAGAAGGACAUUUUUAUAAGAUAGCUCAAAAAGCGGAAAUUCUACAUUCAAAGCGAGCAUCUUUUGAUCUUCACUUUGAUGGUAGCAGGUCAAGUAUUCCGUCACCAAAGCUUCAAUAUGAAGAAUGUGAUUUAUCAACCUCCGCAGGACUAUUAAAAAGAUCGUUGAGUAUGGCAACUAGAGUGGGGUGGCGACAAUCAGUUAUUGAAGAUUAUAUUGAUGUUAAAGCACUGGAACUUUUAAAUCAAAGUGCAUCUGCUUCGAUAAAUAAACGUAAUGACAAUCGAUUAUCAUAUUUUGGAGUUCUAAGUUAUUAUGAUAAUAGCGAAGAUUCAGAAAAACCCAUUGACAUUAUGAUAUCAAAUCAGAUCAAUUUAGUUCCCGAAGAUAAAAUAAAGAUGAGCAUAUGGCAAUUAUUUCAAAGUACAAUGGAGAAUAAAUUACUAUAUACUGUUGGAUUAUUUGCAGCAAUUGUAAAUGGAUUUGUGAUGCCCAUAUUUUCUUAUGUAAUGUCUAAAUUAUUGACCACUUACACUCUCACGGAUAAAAACCAAUUGCAAUCCCAAGCACGAAAUUGGGCAAUAGUAGUAUUAGUAUUGGCAAUUGGAAAUGGGAUUUCUGCACACUAUAAAUAUUUCUUACUGGAACGUGCAUCAGAACAGUGGGCGGUUCGUUUACGUCAUCUCGGAUUUUGUCGUAUUCUUCGUCAAUCUCAAUCAUUUUUUGAUAAAUCUGACAGCGCAUCCGGAAAAUUAACUACAAUCUUAAUUAGCGAUACCGAUACAGCUAAAAAUCUCGUUGGACAUUUCAUGGGAAGUAUGGUGUUUGUGAUCAUUUCCCUAUUUGCCGGCUUGGUGUGGGGAUUUAUUACCGGUUGGGAAUUGAGUCUUGUGGGAUUUGGACUUGUGCCGAUCAUUCUAUUGAUUACUGAAUUCCAAAGAAGAAUUUUGCAAAAAUUCGAAAGUGAAAGAAAAAAGUCCAUCGAAGAAGCUUCUAAUGCCUUUUAUCAAAGAAUUAGAUUGGAAGAAUACAAAAUGGCACUUCAGGUGCCAUAUGAUAUUGGAGUGAAAAAAGCUCUUGUUGUUGGAUCAUUUUCAGGUUUAUUAGAGGCUGUUGGUUAUUUUACCAAAGCACUUACCUUUUGGUACGGAGCUCAUCUUAUCGUCCAAGGUACUUAUGACUUAAAAACAAUGUUGACUGUUUGGACAUUAGUUAUUUUUUGCACAACAUCCGCUGGUACUAUCCUUACCACAAUUCCGUAUUAUGAAAAGAGUAAACAAGCAGGAAAAUCACUCUGUCAAAUAAUGAGUUUACCAAAACCUCAAACUGGUGGUAAAAAGCUCGAUAAAGUCUAUGGCAGCAUCUCCUUUAAAAAUAUUUACUUUACUUAUCCGGAGAGACCAAACAAUUUGAUUCUUAAAGGCUUAGACUUUAGUAUUACAGCCGGUAAAACAAUUGCAUUGGUCGGCAAAAGUGGGAAUGGUAAAUCUACAAUUGCAGCUUUGUUACAACGGUUCUAUGCUCCAACUAGUGGCACCAUCAUGUUUGACUAUGAGAAUCUUCACGAAUUCGAUCUUCAUUGGUUACGUGGACAAAUUGGCACCGUCAGUCAAGAACCAGUUCUAUUUGACAUGACAAUAGCCGAAAACAUUAAAUACGGCAAAGACUCGGCGACACAAACAGAAAUAGAAUUGGUCGCGAAAAGAGUCAAUCUUCACAAUUUCAUUAUGGAAUUAAGUCAAGGAUACAACACGCCACUCGGUAGUAACGGUUCCAAAUUAUCGGGUGGUCAAAAACAACGUAUAGCAAUUGCUCGUGUUUUAUUACGUGAUCCGAAAAUACUUAUAUUGGAUGAAGCAACUAGUGCACUCGAUAAAGACAACGAGUUGGAAGUUCUCCGGGUUUUGGAUCAAGCCAAACAAGGUCGAACGACUUUAAUGAUUACACAUCGAUUGGAUACGGCACGAUUGUAUGCCGAUAAGAUUGCGUAUAUGGAUCAGGGAAAAAUAGCAGAGUUAGGAACUCAUGAUGAGUUAAUGGAGUUACGUGGCGGAUAUUGGAGUUUGGUGACUGAAAAUAACGUGAAAAGUCGAAAGAAAAAAGAGGUUUAA